AUGUGGCAGCUGCGAGUCUGGGAGGGGUGAACCGGUGUUUGGAUAUUUAUAUUCAAGUAACCAUAGCUAGUUUAUAGACAUAGCUUGUGAUAUAUAUUUAGAAACAACAACAACAAAGGAAUCACGACUUUUGUUUGGAUUAUUAUUGUUUAACUCGAAGAGAAUAUGAAAAAGAACAUGUGGCUGUAGGGGAUGUUGAAAUGAUUCUCUGCGAGGAUUCAUAGCCCAAGCUAUUUAUUUUUCUUCGUUUUCCCCACUUUGGAUUUAUUUUACAUACCGUGGGGAAGCCGGAAAAGCCGCCGGACAGCGGGCCAAGAGGAUGGACCAGGCGAAUAUCCUGAGAAAGUUCAUCCAAGGGGUCUGUGCUAUGCGAGAAGGGGACCAGAAAGGAGAGGAUAACUUCGGCAGUGACUUUAUGAGAUUACGAAGAUUAUCGACCAAAUACAGGACAGAGAAGAUCUACCCCACCGUCGUUGGGGAAAAGGAAGAGAAUGUGAAAAAGAACCGCUAUAAAGACAUCCUGCCGUUUGACCACACGAGGGUAAAGCUGACUUUAAAAACAACCAAUCAGGAUGCAGAUUACAUCAAUGCCAGCUUCAUCAAGGGAAUGGAUGGUCCAGAGGCUUACAUCGCUACCCAGGGUCCUCUACCCAACACUGUCAUGGACUUCUGGAGAAUGAACUGGGAGUACAGUGUAGCCGUCAUCGUAAUGGCAUGUCGAGAAUUCGAGAUGGGAAGGAAAAAGUGUGAGCGGUACUUUCCCCUGUUUGGCGAUGAGCCCAUGUCUUUUGGCCCAUUCAGAAUCUCCUGUGAAUCAGAACAGCCUAGAACCGACUAUUUCAUCAGGACCCUGACAGUGGAGCAUGAAAAUGAGACAAGGAGGAUAACCCAGUUCCAUUACAUCAACUGGCCAGACCAUGACGUCCCCUCAUCCUUUGACUCCAUCUUGGAUAUGAUUGGUCUGAUGAGAGAGUACCAGGAGCAUGAUGACGUACCCAUCUGUAUACACUGCAGUGCUGGCUGUGGGAGGACAGGAGCCAUCUGUGCUAUAGACUACACGUGGAACCUACUAAAGGCUGGGAAGAUUCCAGAAGACUUCAACGUGUUCCGGCUGAUUCAGGAGAUGAGAACACAGAGGCAUUCUGCUGUUCAGACCAAGGAGCAGUAUGAGUUGGUUCACAGAGCCAUCUCUCAGCUCUUUGAGAAACAGCUGCAGCUCCUGGAGGGCCCCACCAACUCAGAGAUCCAUGGUGGCAUGGACGAGGGGCUCAGCCCAGAGAGAGCUGGACCCCACUCAGACGAGGAGAGAUGGGACACACCGCCCCCCAAACCACCCCGCAUACGCAGCAGUCAGUUGGAAGGGGACGUGAAAGAAGAGAUCCUUCAGCCCCCAGAGCCACGCCCGGUUCCUCCCAUCCUCACCCCGUCUCCCCCCUCUGCCUUCCCCACUGUCACCAACGUACGGCAGGACAACGACCGCUACCACCCCAAGCCUGUCAUCCACGUCCUGGCCUCCGCACAACAGCAGCCCCAGAACGCCCAACAGUCCCCCGACCUGAAGGAGAACUAUAACAAGACUUCAGAAAAGACAUCGUUGGACAGUGUCUCCCCAGGAGGCCCCCCAGCCCAGGCCCCCUCUCCCUCCUCCCCCUCCCCAGCGGACGGUUCAGUGCGUCUGGAGAGGAAGUUGAGUAUUGAGAUACAGAAGGUACCGUUACAGGAGGGUCCUAAGAGCUUCGAUGGUAACAGCAAGCUGCAUAGAUCCCAUGCCUUCAAGACCCGCUCCAACACCUCUAGUUCCUCUUUUUCUGAGGACUCAGGGGCCGACAUCAUAACGCACCAGGGUGCCUUUGGACCCCUCCCCGCCCGCCCCAACCACCUGCCCCUUACGGGGGAGAAGGUGGGUCAGGCAGGCUGGAUCAGCCCCGAGAAAGCCCCCACACCUCCAGCCCUGGUGGCUGGGUCAGAGAGCACCCCCACCUCCAAUCUGACCUCUUCCCAGCCUCUCUCCUCCACCUCCACCCCUGUCAGGACUGCUCUGAGCUUCACCAACCCUCUGCACUCAGACUUCCCUGAUGUGAUGGGAGAUGGAGGGAUCACUGGAGUAGGAGGAGGGGAGAGUUCCAGACCUUCAUGGUCCUCCAAGGCAACGGCCACGGUUACGGCGGCCCAUGGCGAACACCCGCACAGGAAGGUGUCGACCAUGUCCAUCGCCGGGCAACGGUCGCCGACGGAAACGGCAUCAAACAGUGACCAGAGUGAAGAUUCCCCUCCCCCUCUACCUGAGAGAACCCCAGAGUCCUUCAUUUUGGCCACAGACCCCUCAGAGUUAAAGGCACCAGGAUCAUCAGACUGGAGUAUUUCAGAGGACCAGUCAGGAAAAGGACCAGGUUUUCCUCAGGAGCAGAGGAGUACACAGGCACAGAUAGCAGAGAGAGACCCGUCAGGAGAGAGAAGUAAGAAGAUUUCAGACGCAGCAGGAGUGGAAACAUCACCUGCCAACACCACAGUAGCAGACUGCACAGCAGAGAGCAAGGCUGCCUCAGAGAUGGGAUACGGUAACCGCUGCACACAACCCAAAGGCCCCAGGGACCCCCCUACACAGUGGACAUGAUCAUGGCUUCUACCUAUAGUCUCCUCUUGCUUUGCCAACGCCCCCUUCACUGCCCCCCUCCACCCUCCAAAUCCUCCUUUAUCCCCACCUUGUCUCUUUCAAGUGCCACUGUGUAUGAAGGAGAUGACUGGGUGCUGCCCCAUCCUUGGACACUGCCACCUUUUCCUAACUAACUAAUAGGGCAGAUCUGAAAUGGCACCCUAUUCCCUAUAUAGUGCACUAUAUCUUUGGCCAGAGACUAAUGCGGCAGUCUUGUGCAUGUAGGUAAUAGGGUUCCAUUUGGGACGAAGCCUAAAACACAAUCUGCAAAGCAAUUCAGAUAAUCUACCCAGGACGCAACGGUACACCUUUCUUCUGUACUUGUGCCAGUUGCCAGGGGCUCUCUGUGUGCUGGUGCUAUAAUGUGUUUCCCAAAUGGCAUCCUAUUCCCUAUAUAGUGCACUACUUUUGACCAGGGCACAUAGGGUUCUGGUCAAAAGUAGUGUACUACAUAGGGAAUAGGGUGUCAUUUGGGACACCCUUUUAUCUUCUCACCUUCUCUGCUGGGACCAUACAAACCUGCCUUAUUCCCUUCAGGGCAAAUCCUAACUUCCAUUUAAGUUGAAUUUUCACUCGGUCAUGAUGAUGUGAAUGGGAGAGAAUUUGACUUAAGUGCAAGUUAGGAUUUGACUCUUAGUCAGAAACAAUCCGUCACACAUUGGAUCCUGGUUCCGUUUUUUGUGUUCUCUAUCCCAGAAAAAUACUUGACUUUCUCAGCUUCUGUACUUUUAGACUUGUAUUAUGACAAUACAGAAGAAUACAUGUAUCGCCAGGGACAGAGGACUACUGAUAUAUUAUUUUCUUUCACUUUCUUUUCUUUGCUAACUUCUCGAUAGCUAUAUAUGCAUUGUUUUAUAAAUGUACAGGGCAACUAGGUAUAUAAUAUUUCAAAUUUGCUAUCUCUAAAUAUUCUUAUUAACAGAAGAUGUAAGAAGUCUGUCCAUGACACCCUUCCCUCUCCCCAAUGUUCCUCCAACUGUAAAUUAUUUGCCCUCUUGUUUCUAGCAAAUAUUGCAGGGUUUUGUUCCUUUUUGUUCUAAUUAUGUUUAAACGUUUUUAAUCUGCUGGACCUGGCAUCGCGCCACCCUCUUGCUGAGAUGGCAAACGGGCUCAAGAUUGUGUAAUAAUAAUAAUGUUCUUUUUGUAAAUUGUAUUCUAAAGGUUAUUUUUGUAUA